AAUAAAUCCUCUUUUUGGUGUUUUGCACAUGUUCUUGUAGUGUUUAUUUCAUGAGGGAGAAAGAAAAUUAGGCUUAAAAUUGCAUUUCUGAGUAUUUCUCUGUUCAAAUUGUUGUCAAUCAGUUGCAGAUGAAAACAUCUUUCUCUGCUAUGUCCUAGAAAAUUAUACACGUUUUUUGAUUUUGCUUAAACACAGCAUAAUCAUCAUUUUAAAGACCACUGUGAAUGCUUUAAAAUAGAUUAAAUAGAUCAGAUUAAUAAAUAAUAUUUUAGCAUUUGACUCUCCUGCAGGAGAAAGACUGAACAGCAGUCCUGUCUUGUUCUCCUGUGAUCUGCACCUGCUGCUUCUGAUGUCUAGCUCUCUUUUAUUUAAGGUUUGUAACACCGCUGGUCAGAACUCUCAGAUCUGGAGGAGACGGAAGGAAAAGGAGAAAUAGAAAAAAAAAAAACAAUUGGGGGGCUGUACAGAGGUGUAGCGCUCAGCUGGAUCUUUUCUGUGUGGGGUUCACAUGUUCUCCCAGGCUUCCUUUCACAGUCCACAAACCUGCUUCAUAGAUGAAUUAGUGACUCUAAAUUGCCUAUUCAGGGUGAACCCCAAAUUUCAUGGGGCCGAAAUCCCUAGUGGCCCCCUGUGGCUUCGCCUGUCACUGGGCUGCUAUGAAACCCCAAAAUGUGCGCGGGCCACCAUGUAAACUUUUAGAGAAAAAUGGUCUGGUCGCCAUCAAAUUUGAACUUUUUCUUAAAAUUCACUGCAUUGCGAAUGAAAAUAAGACUGCCUCUUCCAGAUUAUGACACAGUCUGUCAGUUCUGUUUGGUUAUUUUCCUCAUUUUUGUGCUCUUUUUCCUGUGCAGGUUGGCUGUGGCUUUUCCUGGAGGGCUCUGCCCCCCUUCCUGUUAACUCUCCAUGGAUUGGCACACAGCUGCCUGCACUUGAGGUUAAUUUGUUUGAGGUGUAUUUGAGUGGUUUUGUUUCCUCACUCAGUGUUGGUGUAGCGUCUGUUCAGUCCUUUGGUUUAAGUCUGUUCUCAUCAGUAUGCUGGUUUUGAGUACUGUUGUGUUUGAGGAUUUUUUCCCUCUCCUAAAGAGGUAUUUUUGUUAAUUAAACUCCUUGGUUUCCUCACUCUGGCUCGUCAUCUUGUCCUGCCUGUGGGUCAAACUGAUAUCCCCAUGACAGAUUACAAAACCUGCUUUUAGGUCCUAGCAUGGGGACAUUGAUAUGUGACCAUAGCCUUUAAACAGGAUCGUUGACCUCUACUUCUGUUCAGAUUAUUACAAAAAAUGUUAUGGGAUUUAUCAUACACCCUGAAAAACCAAGAAAUCGCACAUAAAAAAAACAAGUGUGUGUUGAUAUUGAAUCCCCUGCAGAAUCCAAACCUAUUUUGUCAAUUUGAUUUUCUUGUAAAAAUCAAUUAUAACACUUCUGAAUAUAUUUGUGUCAUUAUUGUAUUUAUUUUGAUUUAACCAACAAUCCACCUUCAUUUAGAUUUUUAAAAAAUAUUUUGGAUUUUAUUUAAUCUUUCAUUUAUUUGUAUUUUUGGCCUCUAAAACUGAGACAAUGCCUGCAGACAUUCACGUUCUCAGCAUGCUCUGUUAUCAAUUCCCCAUCUUCAAGCUAAAAAAAUAAAAAAUAAAAUAAAAUAAAAGCCCUUUUUCACAUCGCACCAGACUGUCUUCCGCCUAGCCUUCCCCAUCUAUUGAGAUGCCAAUGUGUACAUAAAAACACUUUUGUCUUUCAGAUGAAUAGGAAUAAGCCGGUGGCUGUUUUCCUGAAUGUCAAACUGCAUUUGUUCCUAUUUUGUGAGCAAACAAAACCUGAAAUAGAAGGAAAAAACCCGGAACCCUCAGAGGUGGCCUUCAAGAGCAGAUUUAAAUCUCAGAGAGGCGUCUGAAACUCACAAUCUCUUUAAAACCUUAAGAAAAAAAGAGGAAGGGAUGGGAAGGGAGGAGGUCCAGAGGAGAAGGAGAGGGAGAGAGAUCAUGCGCCGCAGCGCUUCGUUUGCCUCCAGUUUGGUUUGGCGCUCGGCUGGAUGUCACCGCCUUUUACGCGCGGAGCUCCUCUCCCUCUGAGUCCCUCUUCUGCCCUUUUUCUUUCUUGGUGGUACAUAGCGGCUUAAUUGGGACGAACCUGGAUUAGUGGACCGGCAGAUUUCGGAUUGUGAGCGAGGCGCUGCAGCCCGAGGUGGGAAAUGACGGCGGACAAACUUCACAGAGUCAGAAUGAACGUGCCUGCCAUCAUUUUGCUCAUCCACCUGACGCAAACUCACAUCAAAGUGUUGGAGGCCAGCAGGGGGGCAGAAGAGGCUCGAUGUCCACUGGGUCAGUUCCCGUGUGGGAAUAUGAGCGUGUGUCUGCCUCAAGCUCUGCAGUGCAACGGACACAACGACUGUCCCAACAGAGCGGACGAGUUACUCUGCGGUGACAACAUUGGACUUGCAGACUUGAUCAGUGAAAAACUUAGAAACAAACCUGCUAACGCUCAACCGGUUACCCAGAGAGAGUGUUUCCUAGAUACCUAUCCAGAGAGCUGCGACUGCACCCAGACGGACGUUGAAUGUGUGGAGGUCAGCCUUCAGGAAGUGCCUGUGCUCUCCCCGAACGUUACGUGGCUGUCUCUUAGGAACAAUAAGAUCCAAAGACUGCCUGAUAUGGUGUUUUCGGAGUACAGCGCCCUCGAGAGAUUAUUUCUGCAAAACAACAGCCUCCAGUUUGUGUCAAAAGACGCAUUCAGUGGCCUACGCAGCCUGAAGAAGCUGUUUCUCAGUGAGAACUUAAUAUCCUCGCUUAGCCCUGGUGUAUUCAGGGAACUGAAUCAGCUGGAGUGGCUAAUGUUGGAUCAUAAUCCUUUAAGUGGUUUGUCCCCGGACACCUUUAUGGGACUCCAUUCUCUGAUGUACCUAUCCAUGGUGCACACGUCCCUGCAGCAGCUCCCUCAUCCCAGCUUCUGUCAGCACAUGCCUGCCUUGGAUUGGCUAGAUCUGGAAGGAAACCACAUUGAGACUCUUAACUACUCCAUCCUCAAGACAUGCAGCAAACUCGAAGUUUUAUUGUUGAUGGACAACAAGAUUAGGAGAGUUCCUGAAAACACAUUUCAGUCUCUGUGGAAGCUGGCCGAACUAAACCUUUCCAGCAACAGAAUAAAGGAUCUACCGAAGAACACGUUUAAGAACCUCUCCAAGUCCCUCCUAAAACUGAAUAUAUCCUACAACUCUCUUCUGCGCAUUCACCCGGCUCACUUCAGUCACCUGACACACCUUCAGUCCCUAGCACUGGAGGGUAUUGACAUCCCGGAUAUUCAGACGAAGAUGUUUCUUCCCAUGAGGAACCUGUCUCACAUCUACUUCAAAAUGUUCCAGUACUGCUCUUACGCCCCUCAUGUCCGAUCCUGCAAACCCAACACUGACGGCAUCUCAUCCUUUGAGGACCUGCUGGCUAACAUGGUGCUGCGUGUGUCCGUCUGGGUCAUGGCUUUUAUUACGUGCUUCGGCAACCUGCUAGUCAUUGGCAUGAGAUCACUGAUUCGUGCAGAAAACAACCUGCAUGCCGUCUGCAUCAAAGUCCUUUGCUGUGCGGACUGCCUCAUGGGCGUUUACCUGUUUUUCGUCGGGGUGUUUGACGUCAAAUUCCGUGGGCAGUACAACCGAAAUGCUCUGCAGUGGAUGGAGAGCGUGGAGUGUCGCACAAUUGGGUUCCUGGCCAUGCUCUCAUCUGAGGUGUCCGUUCUCCUCCUGACCUACCUGACUUUAGAGAAAUUUCUGGUCAUUGUCUUUCCGUUCAGCAACCUACGCCCGGGCAAGCUUCAGACAGUAGUGAUCCUGUCUUCCAUAUGGCUGGUGGGAUUCAUCAUAGCAGCUGUGCCUCUUAUGAAUGAGGAGAUCUUUGGGAAUUACUACGGCCGCAAUGGGGUUUGCUUUCCUCUGCACUCCGACAGACAAGAAAAGCCAACAGCCAAAGGAUAUUCCACAGGGAUUUUUCUGGGUUUAAACCUGGUGGCCUUUCUGGUGAUUACCAUGUCCUACUCCAGCAUGUUCUACAACAUUUACAAAACCGGCAUCAAUGCCACAGACUUGAGGAGCAGACUGCACAAAGAUGUUGCAGUGGCCAACAGGUUUUUCUUCAUCGUGUUCUCUGAUGCCCUCUGCUGGAUUCCUAUAUUUUUAGUGAAAGUUCUCUCACUGUUGGAGGUGGAGAUACCUGGCACCAUCUCCAGCUGGGUUGUCAUCUUUGUCCUUCCCAUCAACAGUGCCUUAAAUCCCAUCUUAUACACGCUGACAACGAGUUUCUUCAGAGAACAGGUGGAGGUUUUGCUCUGUCGGUGGCAGAGGAGACACACUCUGAAAAAAGACCGCAAAAGCCUCACCUCUUCCACCAUUUUCAUGGAAACGUCGAGGCCGCCUUGCUGCCAGCCGCCGUCCUACCUCCAGCGGGUGUCCCUGAUCGGUGGAGAUCCUCGGUACGCCUAAUGAGAGAGCACUUUUUCGGAUGGUGUCACUUUAUACUUAACGGGUCAAAGGCCUGACUCCUAAUGCCUCUCACUCGACAGCAGCACUGUUUUAAGGGACCGACUUUUAUGAGGAAAAACGGGACAGUCACUGUGCAGUUUCAUCAUGUUCCCCCGCCCUCCAAGUCAUAAACACCUGCAGCACCUUUGGCCUUUGUGUCUACUCAAGGUCACCUCAAGAAAUGGACUGAGGAGCCGGCGGUUCCAGAUGAACUGGGUACCAGCAUGAACAAACGGCCCAUAUUUUCUUAUUUUUAAAGCAAAAAAAGCUUGGAAUUGAACUCUACUGAGUAACCUGGCAACUCAAGACUUUUUAUGAUUUUGUCAAGUGAAAAAGUGCAAACAGAACUUUUCCAAAGGUGGGUACUUGAUCUUUGGAGUGUGGAAGUGGAAGAUGAGCAGCCUGAAAAUCUUGUUACAGACACUGUUUUUUUUUUUUUUUACGUUUAGACUAAAGAGGAAAAAAGAGGCUCAUGAAAACUCUUCUAAAAAAUCAUUUGAGGUCAAACAGUUUCAGAUGUAGCACCACUGCUUGGUUUAUGGAAUGCUGAACUCAUAUGAAAAUGCAAUUGCUUUUGUUUACUGCACAAACAAAAAUAACCUAAAUGAGAUGGUUUUUAUUCUUGUUUUUACCAAUUUUAUCAUUUUCAAAAUCAAUAUUUGAUGAAUAUUAAAACAAAAAGACAUAACAUGUAUUUAAGUGAUGCAUAAAAGGAAAAUCCCAGACAUGUUUUUUCUUCAACCAUGCUUCCAUUUCUAUUUAUCAUUUUCUUUUGUUUUCAUACUUCAUUGCAUUUUGCUCUGAAAACCAUAUAAUUAUUUUGUUCUUACUUUUUCAAUGCACAAAUGUGUUGUUGAUAUGUUCUGUAAAGAGAUCAUUUUGAUCAUAUUUAUGAGUCAUGACAAAUUGUUGUUGAAAUCUUGCAGAUUUAUCUUCCAUUCUUCAUUUCAUCCUAAUAUACAAGUGUUUUUCAGUUGCUCUGUAGUCAUUGUAGUUUCUAUUUUCUGUGGCGUUUUUGAUAAAAUUCCUCUGUUGUGAUUUGUUAAAAGUUAAGCUAAUAUGCUGCAGCAUCUUGAUACUAUUAAGUAAUGCUUUAAGUGAUCCGAUCUCUUCAUUAAGAGAAUAACUUAAACUGGAAUAAAUGAUUCAAUAUCUGCAUUGCACAAAUUUGUGGAGAAGAGCCCUGACUCCACUAUCUGGUCUUGCUUUGGGUUGAACUCCCUAUAAUUUGUUUUAUUUAUUUGUCUAUUUUUUGGUAUCUUCUUUGACCUUUGCAGUUACCAAAAAAAAGUGUAAGAUUCAAAGAAGACGCAUUUAAGGGUCUUAUAAAUGCAAGAAAUGUGACAAGAAAGGCAGAAAAGAUGCUUUCACUUUCUUUUUAUUGUAGCCUACAUGUUUAGUCUAUUUUUGUUAUACAUAAAUCGGUACAAAGCCUUCCUUUCUCAGUCUGUGUUCAAUGUACUGUGCAUUUUUUUCAAGCUCAUAUACGUAUAUAUAUGAGAAGAGACAUGAAGAAUAAAUAUUUGGUCAAUUUCUGAA